UCGUGGGCGCCUGCGCGCAUGUGCAGUUCGAGUUUGCAGCUACAAGAUACUCUGGUGCUCAAAUAUUCAGAUACUCAGAUGCUCAGAUACUUUGUGUACGUUCGUUGGCGGUUUUUUUGAAUGGGAGAUCGGGAGAUCCAGUCGGAGAUAUAAAAUACAUCAAAUUAUACAUGUAUAUGUGUGCAGCAUCCCUGGCGAUUCGGUGAUAAAAGUGAAAUUUUUGAGUGCAAAAGUUGAGUUGCCAAAAUCACAAUCAGAUUUUUUGUUUCGUUUUUGUUCGAGUGCCGCAGAGUGUCGAGUGUUUAGUUAACCAAUCUCAAGCGAAAUUCAAAGGAAUUUCAGGUAGCCAGCGGGUUUACCUGAUCUCGCCGGGGUUUAGAACCAGAUCAAUCGCCGGAGAGGAGUUCGACCUUCAGCGAGUAGAGGAGGAGGCUGGUCUAUCUAUCCACAUCUCUAUCCCGAGAAAUCAUCUACCAGCAAUGGCUCUCCAACGGCGAUCCUUGCUCACCCUGGUAUUGGCCUCCUGGCUGGCGGCAUCCACAGCACAGGCCCUGGUAAGAUCGGGCAGAUCGCCACUGCCCGCCCAGCCGGCGGAUCAUCUGGUGCCGCCACCACUGCCCGUUCCCCAGAGACUUUCGCACGCCGGAGCGGGUUCUCCAGCGGGUUCUCCAUCAACCACUGCUCCCGUUUCCGUUCCCGUUCCCGUUCCCGAAUCCGGCUUCAUGACCCGCGUGGCCAGGUGGUUUGGCUUGGGCGGCGGCGGCCAGUCGUCCAAGGAUCAGCAGCUGAGUGCCACCAACUCGCUGAGCUAUGCCUAUCCGAAGCCGGUCUCCGGUUUCGAUGCGGGUGGCAAGCCGUGCAGCCUGUGCAACAAGUAUCCCUGGGUGCCCAUGGUGGGGCAGCAGCAACAGCAUCAGCCGAAUCCCCAGCAGCUGAACAACCAGCUGCAACAGCAUCAUCAUCAUGCGCAGCAGCUGCAAGUGCAGCAGCAACAACUGCAGCACAUUCCGCAACAGCAGCAGCAACUGCAACACAUCACUCCGCAGCAGCAACAACUGCAACACAUACCGCAGCACAUCCCGCAGCAGCAGCAGCAACCCGUUCCGCAGCAGCACGCAACAUGGCAGCUGCAGCAGCCAGUGGCCCAGGCCUCGCAGCAACGCCAGCGGGCGGUGCAAUUCCGUCCCAGCUCCGGACAGAGUGUCUUCCUGCCCCUGGCGGUGCCGCUGCCGCCGCUGUACAAUGCCCAGCCAUUCCGGCCAGUGGUGCCAGUAUCGCUGGUCAAGGAGAACGCAGUGGCUCAGUCGGAAGUGCGACCCGUGCCGGUUUCCGGGCCACUGCCCACUCCUGCGCCGCCAGCCAGCACCUCCAGCUUUGAGAUUGUGCAGAGCCAUCAGGUGACGGACUUUGUGACCUCCGUGGAAUACCCAGCCACGUUCGUGCAGUCGCAUGCCAUCGAUCUCGGCUCGAGCCAAAGACCCAGCCAGGAGGUGGCCCAGGAGCAGGAACUGCAGGCGGAUAUCAGCACGGUGCGCUAUCAGCUGGAGGAUCUGAGCAGUGGCCAGGUGCAUCAGCACUUGCCAGCCUCGCAGCUGCUCACCGAGAUUGGGCAUUUUGCGGAGACCACCACGCAGCCACCGCCGGCGGAUAACUAUCCAGCGGCCUCGUCGCAACAGCAACUGCAGCAGGAGCAAGAGCAGGAACAGGAACAGGAACAGGAGCAGGAGCAGGAGCAAUCCUUCUACUAUGCGGAGCAGUUUCCGGAUGAAACCAGCACACUGUUGUAUAGCACCACCACGGAGUUGCCCACCACAACAGCUCCAGCACCGCCACCACCGGCGCCGGUUAUUGAGCUGAAUAACCACCUGGCUGCAGUGCAUCACUCGCAUCGCCAGGGCAUCGGAAGGGGCAGAGAAACGCCCAAGCGUCUGCUGGACUCGCCCAUCAACCACGCCCCCUUGGCAGGAGCCGGAGGACGGCCAUUCACUCGCGAUCCCGCCGAUCUCAGUUUCCGGGUGAGCCAGGUGUACACGCCCACGCAGCCACCAACGCCCACAUCCACGUACGGUGCCAUCGAUGCCAGUGGACAGUUUGCGGGCAUGGCACCGCCGAGUCCGCAGCAGGUGAUCAUACCGUACACCACCAAGCAGCGGCCACGCCCCUUCGAGAGCUGGACGCCCCUGAAACAGCAGCAUCCGCAUCAUCAGCCGAAUCACCAGCACAAUCAGCACAAUUACCAGAAUCACCAAAGCAACGACCUCGAGGAGGAGCCCCACGAGCAGCAGGAGUCCAAGCUGGCCACAGCCACAGUGACGGCACCACCCAAUUCGCGACGCACCACCAAAUACCUGACCAAGAUCCUGGCCACCAAUCUGCGGGAGUUGCUCAAGCGGGAGCGGGAAACGAAGCGGCUGCCUGGCCAGGGAUUGGGUGUGGACAUCUCGCGGCUGCAGAAGAACAUCGAUGGCUGGACGGAGCAGGAGUACAACUCGCUAUCGCACCGACCCAGCACACCCACGAUUCGUGGAAGAUCCAAGCACAUACCGUCCGAGUACCUGACCACCACCACCACAACUCCGGCGCCGGUAUCGCAGCGCCAGUCGAAAACCACACGGGGCGAGGGCUUCGAGCUGGGUGGCGCUCCACCCACCGAUGCCGGGGAUCUGUCCACAUCCAUCAACAAUCUGGAGCAACUGCAUCUGCUGGGCGAACGGGGAUCGAAGGGCUUCCAGCCCAUCGAGGAUAAUCGCCUUCAUUUCGACUACUACGAUGCCCAUCAGCGACCGAGAUUCACGUCGGCCAUGACCACCCUCAGUCCGCCCAGCACCAGCACCACCACCACUGCCCCACCCACCACAACGACAACGGUGGUGACACCACUCUAUGUGCGCAGCACUACGGCGCCCAAGGAGCUGUGGAAACAGGCCCAGGUGGCCAUCCUGCCGCAGACCAACGAGAAGGUGUACGUGGUCACGCCACAGCCACGGCAUCAGGAGCAUCGGGAUCGCCAUGUCGCCUCCGCCUCGGCGCCAAGGCCCGUGUACCAAACGCCAGCGCCGCGCUUUCCACGGAUGCGACCAACUCCAGGCGAAGUGAAGUCGGCCACGCCCACCAGCUCGUCGCAGCUGCGCAACUAUACGCCGGACAUCUUCGGGCUGAUGGGACUGUCCGCCUAUGUGCCCGCGGAGCCCGUGGAGAUAAUCGACGGAAACUCCAAAGUCAACACGAUAGUGACAGCAGCGUCGACGGCGGCGGCACUUCAGCGACCCACAGCGAGGCCCACGAUGUCGCCCUCGCCCAGAUAGACCAAGGUCGGACUGAGGUCAAGGCGCACGGAGCCACACAGAACCACACCCCCCGCCCAUCCUGUUGUAAUAUAUUUCACCCCAGCCACCCCUCCAGGCCCUCCGCCCCCCCGCGAUCGCAAAGAGGAGCGAGGAUUGAGCAAAGUCCUUGGAAGUGCGACGAUGAGAGGAGGUCCCGAUUCGAAGUUAGAGUAUUUUCGCAUUUGGUAGCUUUAUGAAGAGAACACACGAGGAGGAGGAGGAUCAGAGAACCAAAGGAGUGGAGCUGCCCGUAGUAUAUAUAUAUUCGAAAAAGGAUUUGUAUACACAAUUCCCUUUUUUUGCCUUUUUUUUUUUUUGUUGUGUGUGUAUUAGUAACCGCUGUAUUUUUUUUGUUCUGGCUCUUCCGUUCACUAGUUGUAGUUCUAUGUAUAAAUAUUAACUAUUAUAUCUAUAUUUCAAUCUAUGCGAAGAGUGGGUUGUCAGGCGGGUUGACAACGUUAUAAUAUCGAUGUGCAACCAAAAUAUA